AUGACCGAAGCUGUAAAUGGCUCCGCGCAACCCAGCGCCAAAGGGAACGGUGCCUCUACCCGCAGAGUCGCGAGGCGGAAGCCAGGCUUCAUCCCGUGGUCGAUCAGCUUAAUAGCGCGUCUGACCACAUGGGCUGCCAUCCUCACCAUCCUCUUCCGCUGCCCGCCGACCCUCGAAGAGUGCGACGAAACAUCCCCCUUUGUGUGCAAGCACUACUUCCGAGCCAAGGCUGCCGUCGUGCCGCAUGCUAAGCCCUACUACGACCGGUAUGCCGCGCCAUACGUCGAAAUUGCCCAACCCUACUACGACACUGUCAAGACCAACGUCAUUGCGCCCGUCCGACACUAUGCUGUCCAGUAUGGCGAGCCCUGGGCCGUCAAGGGCCGCGAAUACGCCCUGGCGCAGUGGGAGAUGAACGGGCAGCCGCGCAUCGCCCAGCUGCAGGCCGUGACGCAGGCGCACUACGACAAGUCUGUCGCGCCUCACGUCUCCAAGGUCGCUGCGUUGGCGGAGCCCUACUACAAUGUAGCCAAGAUGCAGUCGCUAUACGCCGUGGACAACGUCGUCUACCCGGCCUACGAGUUAUCCAAGCCCUAUGCCAUCCGAGGGUACGAGGCCUCGCACAAUUUUGCCGUCGCCACUGUGCUGCCGGCAGCUCAGUGGUCGUGGACCAACACCAACGAAUUCUUGGAUCGCGCUGUCUGGCCUCAGCUCCGCACCGUGUACGUGGAAAACGUCGAGCCUCAGCUUGUGCGCAUUGGCGAGCGUCUGGGACGCUACAAGUCGCACGCGAAAAGCACAGCCCUGCCCGACGUGUCCACCACCUGGGCGGCCAGCUCCAGCAGCUCGACAACCGGAUCCAUACCCCAGUCGUCGUACGUGAGCAAGCCGGCUCCUCAGAGCACCACCCCAGAUACCCCCGACAGCGAGCCAAGCGACGAGCCUGUGCAGUCCCACGCCGAAAUCGAAUCUACCCGCAAUCCUGUCGAGGCCCCAGAACCCGAAGAAAACGAAUCAGACAGAGAGCGCAAAGUGCGCGAAAUGGUCACCCAGGAUCUCGAGUCAUGGCAGGACAAGUUUGCCGCUCAGGCCGAACAGGGCGCUGCUGCAAUCGAAGACAGCGUCGAUGAAAUCUCCCGCCACAUGAUUGACGAAAAAGCCAACACCUUCGGACCCGCGCUCAUCAAGGAGCUGCAAGACACGAUCGCCACCGAAACCACAGCCCUCAAAGAAAAGAUCAACGCGCUCGUCUCCCAGCAUCUCCAAGGAGCCGAAGUCGACACUAAGGAGGAAACCAUCCAGGCUGUCCGAGCGGCCGGCGUUGCCAUCAAGUCCAAGGCACAGGCCAUUCGCAACUGGCGCGAGGAGUACGACGACGAGCUGCAGAGCACCGUUCUAUCUACCUCUGAUGUCCACUUUGCCAUUCUUGACGAGACCCGCAGCUUGGCCCUACAGCAAAUCGGCAUGAAGUGGGCGUGGACCGACGGCGUCACCUACAAGGACUGGGCCAAGUACCACGAGCUCAAGAGCACCCUCAGCGACUGGACCGACGAGCUUAAGCAGCUGAUUGUCACGCACCCGACCCUGCUCGAGGCCCAGGACGCCGUCGUGCAGAUUGAGGAUCGCGGCAUGUCUAUUGCCGCCGCCGCCGCGCGGGAGCUGGCCAGCCUUAAGGAGGUUGUCCAGUGGAAGCUGGAUGCCGAGGAUGUCACGGACGAGUUUAAUGCCGAUAAGCUGAAGGAGAUUAUUGACGAGAGAGCCAGAGUCGCCGAGGAGGCCAGACUGCAAGCGGAAGAAGAGGCACGCGUCCAGGCCGAGGAGGAAGCUCGUGCCAAGGCGGAGGAGGCGCGUAUAAAGGCUGAAGAUGAUGCCAAAGCCGAGGCGGCCGCCGAGGCUGCCGAGGAAGCCGCCAAUAUAGCCGAAGACGAUGAAGAUGAGCGCAUCCAUUCGGUCAAGGAGGCGAUCGAAUCCAAGCCUCUGGUUAGCGCAGACGUCGAUGCGCCGCAGACGGAAGAAGACGAGCGCAUUCGCUCCGUCAAGGAGGCGCUUACAUCGCAUCCUCUCGUUAGUGAGAGCGCUGUACCCGACGCCGAUGCCGAUGAGACGGACGACGCAACUUCCAGCGCUACUGCUACCGAGGAGCCAUCCCCUGAAGCCACUCCUGACGAGACUCCGGCCAAUGCUGAUGAGCCUGAGGAGGAGAGGCCCGACGCUGCUGGAGAUGGAGCCGAAGACGAAGGCGAAGUCUCAGCGCAUGAAUUGAAGCACGGCAGCCGUAAACACGGUCUGCCCGUCCAACCGCCCGACGCCAACGCCGUGGACCGAUAA